AUGACGCCCCUGAGACUCUGGCAAAUUCACAGACUCACACCGACAACGCCGCGGCGGAAGCCGGGGCCGAACCCCCGCCUCGUUCUUCCGCCUCUGUGCCCGCGGGGAGAUGAAAAUGUGGGAAGGCACCGGCGCCUCCCGCGAGAAGAGGUACCUGUGGCUUUCGCCGCAGUCCCCCGCCGUACUGGCACCGUUGCCCGACACCCCACUUCCGGGGUCAAGUCGCACCGGGGAAGCCAGGGAAUCGCGGCAGGGAAGCCUCAAACCCCGCCCCAUCCAAGCUCCGCCCCACUGUCUAGACCAGGCCAACUUCCGGGACGCCGCACGUCACUAAGCAGCCGAUCUCCACUUCCGGACGCAUCCUUCUCUUUACCCACCCGUUCAGGAGACAGCACGCGUUCGGUGGAUGUUUCCGCGCGUUUGAUUGGUGGACCUGGAGGGCUGGUCUUCGCUGAUUGGUGCAGAGGAAAUCUUCCCCAUAGACGCCCGCGGGCUCACCGUUUCAGUUGCCGCCUGUUUCCCGCCAGGUGGAAGUUUUGCGUCGCAAUCGUGGUGGACUUGAUGGAGUUGCCGAAGUCGCGCAUCAACGCCAGCAUGCUGGCUCAGUUCAUCGACCGGCCUGUUUGCUUCGUAGGGAAGCUGGAGAAGAUUCAUCCCUCCGGAAAAAUGUUUGUUCUUUCAGAUGGAGAAGGAAAAAAUGGAACCAUCGAGUUGAUGGAGCCUCUUGAGGAAGAAAUCUCUGGAAUUGUGGAAGUAGUUGGAAGAGUAACAGCCAAGGCAACCAUCAUGUGCUCAUCUUAUGUGCAGUUUAGAGAAGAUAACCAUCCUUUUGAUCUUGGACUCUACAAUGAAGCUAUAAAAAUUAUCCAGGAAUUUCCUCACUUUUUUCCUCUGGGGGUUGUGCAGUAUGAUUGACUUUGAUGAACUUUUUAUGAUCAUGAAUGUGGUGUUGAAGAUUAUUAAAGGCGGCCUCUGAUGUUUGAGGGAGAGAUUCCUGUGAUUGCUAAUAUUAAAUUUGCUCUUUUUUUUUUUUAAUCUCAUUUACCUAACCAGAUAUUUUAAUCUGCAAUUCUUAAUAAAACUGGCAUGCUUACGUUUCUCACCUGAGGAUUGGCCUCAUAUAAAGUCUCUCUUCUCCAGAGCUAAGUAGUGGUUGUCUUGAAUUUAGUUUUCUGUUUUAUUAAUAAAUAUUAAAAUGA